CACUUUCAGUUCUGAUUUCUCCAUGCUCAGGAAGAAACAUAAACUACAGAGUAAAUGCUCUAUUAAUAACUAUUCAGUGUAAGAACAACGUGGAAAGAUGCAUAUUGUAGAUGACAUAAGAAUUAUGUCAUUAAUUGACAGUGUUGCUUAUCUUUAGGUGAGUACAAGUCCAUGGGAAUGUCCAACCUGAGAAGACUCUCUGAAUUUAUUCUCUUGGGACUCUCCUCUCGGUCUGAAGACCAGAGGCCACUCUUUGCCUUUCUUAUCAUAUACCUGGUCACUUUGAUGGGAAAUCUGCUCAUCAUCUUGGCUAUCCACUCUGAUCCUCGACUUCAAAACCCUAUGUAUUUUUUAAGCAUCUUGUCCUUUGCUGAUAUUUGCUACACAACAGUCAUAGUCCCAAAGAUGCUUGUGAACUUCUUAUCAGAGAAAAAGACCAUUUCCUAUGCUGAAUGUCUGGCACAGAUGUAUUUCUUCCUGGUUUUUGGAAACAUAGAUAGUUAUCUCCUAGCGGCUAUGGCCAUCGACCGCUGUGUAGCCAUUUGUAACCCAUUCCAUUAUGUCACUGUUAUGAACCGCAGAUGCUGUGUGUUGCUACUAGCAUUCCCCAUCACUUUCUCCUAUUUCCACUCUCUCCUACAUGUCCUCCUGGUGAAUCGGCUCACCUUUUGUACAUCAAAUGUUAUCCAUCAUUUUUUUUGUGAUGUCAACCCUGUGCUGAAACUGUCCUGCUCCUCCACCUUUGUCAAUGAAAUUGUGGCCAUGACAGAAGGGCUGGCCUCUGUGAUGGCUCCAUUUGUCUGUAUCAUCAUCUCUUAUCUAAGAAUUCUCAUCGCUGUUCUCAAGAUUCCCUCAGCAGCUGGAAAACACAAAGCCUUCUCCACCUGCAGCUCCCAUCUCACUGCGGUGAUUCUGUUUUAUAGGAGUAUUAGCUAUGUCUAUUUGCAGCCUUUGUCCAGCUAUACUGUCAAGGACCGAAUAGCAACAAUCAACUACACUGUGUUGACAUCAGUGUUGAACCCAUUUAUCUACAGUUUAAGAAACAAAGACAUGAAACGGGGCUUACAGAAAUUGAUAAACAAGAUUAAGUCUCAAAUGGGUAGGUUCUCUACAAAGACCAAUAAAAUCUGUGGACCCUGAUUACAAGGAGUGUGUGUGUGUGUGUGUGUGUGUGUGUGUGUGUGUGUUAGCACCUGAUGCAACUCUUUUCUUGAAAAAACGUUUCUUCAUCUUCACCAUUUGUAGCUUCACCUCGUGGUUUUCCACCCUGUGGUCUCUGUCAUCGUAUGAUUGAACAAUUAGGAUGUCUUGGUAUCAAUGCCCCAAUCACAGACUCACCUCAUAAUAUAUCUUAAUUCCAGAAAAUCACAUUCCCUUUACUCUUUGCAUAUUUAUUUGGAGCCUCUCAUAUUUCUUUGUUUUUAUAAAUUCAUCCAAGUUUGGUCAUUCAAUUAUCAGAGAAUUUUCCUAUAUACCUAUGUAGAAAUUUAAAUAUGUGCAAUGAUAUUAUGCACACAUAGUCACUCUCUUCUAUUUAAAGCUGUCAGGAAUUUUUUGCAGGCAUGUGUGUAUGUAUGUGCAAGUCUCACCUGCCCAUGAGACUACAGGCUAUGGUCCCCCUCUCCACCUUUUUAGAGACAGGGUCGUACCCCCCUGUCACCCAGGUUAGAGUGCAGUGGCACUAUCAUAGCUCACUAUAACCUCAAACUCCUGGGCUCAAGCAAUCCUCCUCCCUCAGCUGCUCAAGUAGCUAGUACUACAGGUGUGUACCACCACCCCUAGAUAAUUGUUUUAAUUUUUUGUAGAGACAAGGUCUUGCUAUGUUACCCAGGCAGGUCUCAGACUCCUGGCCUCAAGUGAUCCUCCUGGCUUCAGCCUCUCAAAGCACUGGGAUUAUAGGCGUGAGCUACCAUGCCCAGCUUUAUGGUCCCUUUUUAAAAAUUAUCACAAGAACUGAAUGUCCUGGGCUCUGGAGUCAUAGAUUCUCAACAACUGCUACCAAUUAUCUGAUUGACUUUUUCUUUUUUUUCUUUUUUCUUUUUUUUUUUGAGACACAGUCUUGCUCUGUCACCCAGGCUGGAGUGCGCAGUGGUGCUAUCUUGGCUCAGUGCAAUGUCUGCCUCCUGGGUUCAAGCAGUUCUCACCCCUCAGCCUCCCAAGUAGCUGUGAUUACAGGUGCCUGCCACCACGCCCAGCUAAUUUUUGUAUUUUUAGUGAAGAUGAGGUUUCACCAUGUUGGC